CAGGGCAGGACGGAAAAGCUUGUUUGUGUUUUGAUUCCUCCAAAGGGAAGUUGCGAGAAGAAAGGGAGGAGACGUGUCGGGGCCAUUGGCCAACAACUCCAAUUUUACUCCCCAUUUCUUUUGCCAGAAAUAUAAGUAAGGACAUAAUAUCAUCCCGGCGGUGACAUUCGACACGUUUAAAACGCAACGUCUGACUCUCAGUAAAAAAAGGUGCUGACAGUGAAGCGUCCGAACACAGGCGGGACACCCGAGGGGGGAAUCGCACAAGGUCAUGGCCAGCAGGGGAGGAGCGACGAGACCCAACGGAGCCAACGGCGGCAACAAGAUUUGUCAGUUCAAGCUGGUGCUGCUGGGCGAGUCGGCCGUGGGCAAGUCCAGCUUGGUGCUCCGCUUCGUUAAGGGCCAAUUCCAUGAAUUCCAAGAGAGCACAAUAGGAGCUGCCUUCCUCACCCAGACAGUGUGCCUGGACGACACGACGGUUAAGUUCGAAAUAUGGGACACGGCCGGCCAGGAGCGCUACCACAGCCUGGCCCCCAUGUACUACAGAGGAGCACAGGCCGCCAUCGUGGUCUACGACAUCACCAACGAGGAGUCUUUUGCGCGGGCUAAGAACUGGGUGAAGGAGCUGCAGAGACAAGCCAGCCCGCACAUAGUCAUCGCUCUGUCGGGCAACAAGGCAGACUUGGCCUCCAAGAGAGCCGUCGACUUCCAGGACGCACAAUCCUACGCAGACGACAACAGCCUGCUUUUCAUGGAGACGUCGGCCAAAACGUCCAUGAAUGUCAACGAAGUUUUUAUGGCCAUUGCCAAGCGAUUGCCCAAGACGGAGCCUCAGGUCGCCGGCGCCAACAGCGGUAGGAACCGCGGCGUGGACCUGACGGAGGCCGCCCAGCCCGCCAAGGCCUCCUGCUGCAGUACCUAGGACACUGCCCCCUUACCCCCACCCUUACCCCGCCACCAUCAUGCCUCCCCCUUUCCUCUUCUCUCCCCCCGACCAACCACACAUAGCAGUAACUAUUAGGCGGGAGCGACACGAGAUAAGCUGAUUUGUUUAUAAUCACCGCAUAUCACCAUGGUAACGUAUGCCGACGGCCAGUGAAAGCGGGAGUCGAGUCCAAUUUAGGGUCCCUUUGCAUCCAUUUCUUAUCAUUCAUUGUGUUAGCAGUGAUUUGGGGAAAACCUAAUAAGAGACAAAAGUGCUCCAUUUUAGAGGAAGCGCUCACUUCCUGUUUGCGGGGAUUACUUCCGACUACUGCCUUGCUAACGACUGUGCACCGUUUUCUAAUGUCAUGUCAUUCGUAAUCUACAAAUGGUUUAAAAAUAGCGCAAAAACAUCACCGCCCCCCGGUGGCAUCGCGGCGUCACUGCAACAACAACAACAGCAGCAGAGAUCUGUGAACAAAAGUUUCAUUUCAAAUAUGAAUACCGCGUGCGUACUCAAAAACAUGUGGACUUUGACUCUGCGGUCACCAUUUUGGUCUGGCUGCAGACUUCCUGUUCCUCCUUUGCCGGCUUUGCACACGGAGGCGGCGAUAUCCUUAAAAAGUUGCAAUACGCAAAAAUGGCGCUUUGUGAUUUUCCAUUCAUUACAAUUAUCAUUAGUCACCUUGAUUAGGAAGUGCUUUAGACACACUUUAGUGUGCGUGUCCGUUUUUUUUCUAUUUAUGUCUUUAUGUCGGGACACGAAACACGCAAUUCCUUCCCUCCUCAUGACAUGAUUGUACACUUUUUACUCAUGCCUUGCACUAAUGACUCUAUUGUUAUAAAUAACUCGUCAUAAUCACCGCCAAUGUGAUAUAAAUCUAUAUAUAUAUAUAUAUAAAUAAUAUACUGUACAUAGGGUGUUGUAGUCUUAACCCGGAUUGGUUUAGAUGCGACUCGUUGAGAUAAAUCACGUCAAGGAGCGAGGUCAUGUGAUCAUGUCAGUACGGGAGCGCGGUUAGAAUCCGAAACUUUGUGGGAUUUUGGGAAGAGAAAUGACAAUACGGUGGGAAAAAAAGUGAUUGAUUUCAGGAGUUCAAUGAAGACGAAAAUGGAGCAAAUUUAAGGCUCGGAAAAGCAAAGUAGUUACAAUAUUUUUUCACAUUUUACGGCAUUUCAUCAUUUCAAAUACGACUAUAAAAUUGAACUACUGAAGUACAUGAACUUUUCAUAGAUGUUAUUCUCGUUUCUAGAGCGCCUACCCCGUGUGUUGUGUGUGUGUGUGAUUCCAGUCCAGCAUAGACUCCGGGCUCACCCUUUGACCCUAACGAGGACAGGCGCCAUAGAAAUGAAUAGUAUGAAUAGUACAGUACACAUGAUUAAAUUCUACACGUAUGACAUUUAA